AUGGCGGACGAGAAGAUGGAGAUGGGUGAAGUCGGGACGUCUCUCGUGUCCUCAGAGGCCAAAGCGCCUUCUGCCAGACCUCCUAACAAGUUUGAGCGUGUAUUUCAGCCCUGUCUGGGGGAGCUGGUGGGGACUACGUUCUUUGUGUUCAUCGGGUGUGUGUCGGUCAUAGAGAAUACAGAGUCUACAGGGAGGCUUCAGCCGGCUCUGGUGCACGGUCUGGCUGUGGCUGCCAUGGUGGCUUGCAUGGCGGAGAUCAGUGGCUCACAUUUCAACCCCCCUUUCACUCUGGCCAUCUAUCUCUGUGGAGGGAUACAGCUGAAUAUGGUGGUCCCAUACCUUGCGUGUCAGUUGAUUGGAGGGGUGCUCGGAGCUGCUAUGGCAAAGGCGAUGACCUCGAGAGAGAACUACGCCAAAGCCCACGGAGCUGCGUUCGCUCUGCUGCAGCCAGACGGUGAAAUAGGAGGCGCUCUGUUUGGGGAGGUCGCCAUGACCUGCCUGAUCACCAUGGUGGUGCUGCUGGGGGCUUUCAACAGCAAGACCAGAAAUCCCCUGGUGCCUUUCAUGGUGGGCUGCACUGUUAUCACCAACAUCUUGGCCGGUGGCGAUGUAUCUGGCACCUGUAUGAACCCAGCCAGGGCCUUCGGCCCAGCCAUAGUGAGCAACUACUGGACCCAUCACUGGGUCUACUGGGUGGGGCCCAUCGCAGGAGGCCUGAUAGCAGCUGCUCUGGUUCGACUCCUACUGGGAGACAGGAAGCUUCGACUCAUUCUGAAAUGA